GAUCACAAACAGAAGCAACUCUUGGACACAUUCCCGUGACCUUGUCUCUUCACAAUUCGCCAUGGCUUCUAUGCUUCACUACUUCAACUUUGGCAGCAAGGCCUCCACUACUAAGGGUGCGGAGGUUAAGCCAACGCCGGUCCGGGCUCUGCCGGCAUCAUGGUACACCGCGUCGGAGAUGUACGAGCUCGAGCGCCGUGCGAUCUUCUCUAGGAGAUGGCUAUUCAUCACCCACAGCUCGCGUCUCAAGGAGGCGGGUGACUGGCUCCGCUACGAGAUCGCUGGAUUCGACUUCGUUAUCAACCGUGACCGACAAGGCAACAUCAAUGCAUUCCACAACGUCUGUCGACACCGCGCGUACCCCGUCAUCGAGGAGGAGGGUUGCGGAAACAAGAAAAUCAUCGCAUGCCGGUACCACGGCUGGUCUUACGGAUUGAACGGGAAGCUGGCCAAGGCGCCCGGCUACCAAGAGCUGGAUGGAUUUGACAAGGAAAAGAACGGUCUCUUCCGGAUUCACGUGAAGGUCGAUGUCAACGGCUUUAUCUGGGUGAACAUGGACGCGAAGGAAGUGCCAGAAGUUCCCUGGGAGGAGCACUUUGAGGACGUCGACAAGCAGGCGCGGUAUCAGGAGAACGGCAUCAACUUCGAUGAAUACGAAUUCGACCAUAACUAUCAGAUGGAGGGCGACUACAACUGGAAGAUUCUGGCGGAUAACUUCAACGAAUGUUAUCACUGCCCCACCACUCACGCCGACAUUCCGGCAUUCCUCAACCUGGAUUCGUUUGACAGCGAUGUCAAAGACGGACAUAUUCAGCACCAUUGCAAAUCGACCCCAGAGCAGAUCGCGAAAGGUCUGAACACGGCGAGUACCUAUUACUUCCCCAACUCAUCCAUGACUGUCACAAGUUCCUCCCGAAGUCCCAAUCAUUCGACCAUGGCCUAUGAAAUCUGGAGACAUAAGGAUGCGAAGGAAGAGGACUUCCGGCUGAUCAAUGACAUGUAUGCGCGCGUCAUGGGAGAAGACAAGGUUCUGUGCAACAACGCACAGAAGAAUCUCAACCGGGGCGUCUUUGUCAAUGGCGAGCUGCACCCGAAGUACGAGAAGGCUCCCCUCUUCUUCCAGAGCACCUGUCGUGAGGUCAUCACGGAGCACUUUGACCGAGAGAAGAAGGAGGGCCGUGAGAUCUGGCCGGCGAGGCAGCAGUUGCCCAAUGACGCCAAGGUCAGCGCGAAAGAUGAGGAGAUCUGCUCGGGUCUCGCUUGUGGAGCCCAGAAAGAGGUUUUGGCUUGGUGA